UCACCACCGUCUCUCUUGCUCCCGCCCCUGCCCUCGCCGUCGUCGACGAUGACUGCCUCUGGUCCACGGAUUUCGUCGAUCCAGAAGAGGCUCUAUACUGUUCUUCCGCGCGGAGCCGCCACAGCGGCGAGCUCGCCCUCUUCCCCACCCUCAUCUUCCCGCGUGCCCCGCGUUCGUUCCAAUUCUGCCUCGGCCUCGUCGUCCAGAUCGCUCUACACCGCGUCUCAGUCGUCCCUCUCAGGUCUCGCCUUCUUCGACGCCCCACCAGCACCCCCUGCAUCCUCUCGUCCUGGCAAUCCCAUUGUCCUUUCUACUCCCCGUCUCCCCAUACAGGCAAAAGCAGAGGCCGAAGCCCCUCCACAUGGCCCCUCAUCACCCAGCCAUGCAUCAAAUUCAUCUCAUUCUUCCUCAAACGGAACCGGUCCGCCUCCGUCUUCAAUAGCCCUUACUUCACCCCAUUCAAAUCCGUCCAGUCAACCACCCGCAAUUCCCUCUUCGUCGCACCAUAAUCCCCCCAAUUUCUUCCCAUAUGCCAACUUCUCCACCACGGGCGCAGACCCGUACGAUCCUUCCUUUGACUCACAUCCACCCGGGGCAACCCCCCAAGGCGCCAAACGCACCGGCAGGCAUCGCUACCACUUCGAUGUUGGCGCGUACGGAAUUCCUAAAAACACCAGAGGCUCCGUUGUCUCUGGGAGGGACGGUCGUGGCACGGCCGCUCACUGGGCUUCCUCUUCGCCCGCUUCUCGUACCACGGACGGCCUUGACCUAGCUGUUCAGGUCGGUGAAGAUGCUUAUUUCGUCAGGGAAAAUGCGAUGGGUGUAGCGGACGGUGUUGGUGGCUGGUCGCGAUCGAAACUUCCCUCCAGGGUCCCCUCAGACCCAUCGCCCUCUGCAUUAUUUGCGCGCCGUCUAAUGCACUUCUGUUCCUCCGAGAUUUCGACCGCGUGUUCAUGUCCAGAGAUCGGUCCUACACCGCCAACCUCCAUUUACUUUCAUGAGCCAGCUUUGUCAACACCCUUCUUCCCUAACAUCUCGAAUUAUGGUGCUCCGUGGAAUACUCCUGCGCCACCAGUGGCCGUCUCCGACCUACAAGCUGUCCAGGAAGAAGACGAUACCCUCGACGAUUUGGAGGAAGGCCUCGAUGUGCUCAUGAUCCUCGAGCGAGCCUAUGAGCAGGCCCUGAAGGCUCAUGUCAUUCCUCCAGCCUCGACUUCGCCACCAUCGAGCCGAUCGCACACACCACAAGACCCAGAACCUCUCAUGACCGGUUCUUCGACUGCCCUCCUCGCUGUUCUUGACUCUGCACCUCCUGCAUCCCUUCCCACACCUGCGCCAUCUGUCACGAUCCAGCCGUCUAGUACGGUGCCCACGCCGUCUUCGGCACAGGGAGUGCCAACACCGGCAUCUCCCUCAACGGCAAGAUCGGACGAUGCUGACUGCGAUGCGGUCAUCCGGAUUGCUCAUCUAGGGGAUUGCAUGGGCAUGCUGGUCCGCGAUGACGAGAUUGUAUGGCGGAGUGAAGAGAUGUGGUGGAGUUUCAACACACCUCUACAGCUCGGCCCAGCCUCGAGGACGCCACCUUCAUCCGCUCAAGUAAUUACACUACCGGUCCGAGCAGACGAUAUCCUCAUCCUGGCCUCGGACGGAUUGAGCGAUAACCUCUGGGACGAAGACGUCCUCGACGAAGUUAGCCGCUUCCGCAAGGCGUUUCUUGCCCCUUCGACCAAACGUACUCGUGAGACGUCGGAGUCCGGAUUACCUGCCUCAGUGACAUCGCGGACGGCUGGUUUGUUGGGGAGGAGGACUUUGGCAGGGAUGUUGAGUGAGGCGUUGUGUUCAAGAGCUAGAAAGGUUUCGGAAGCGAAGGGUGGGAAGAGUGCAAAGUUGGAUGCGCAGUGCUUCAAGGACCAGACAUCGGCCAUCCUCGAGGAAGAGGUGCCGUUUGCAAGGAGAGCCAGGGAGGAGGGCAGGACGUUCCGAGGAGGCAAGACUGAUGAUAUCUCGGUACUAGUCGCCGUGAUUUCACCAGCGGAGUCGUGAUGACCAGACUCAUUGAAGUCGAGAGAGCCCACACUAGAUGACUCUUCAGGAACUUGCAUAUCACCGGUGGACUCCGCUCUCUCUCUAUAUAUUUUUUUUCGUUUCUCCAUGUACUUUCCGUUACACCGUCCACAAUCAGGCUCAAAAACUCCGCGUAGCGAUCCCAGCGGACAGCCUUUCUCUUUUGUUUUUGUUUUGUGUUGUCUGAUUCAUUCUUCGUCUCCUCGUCUCGUCUCCUCUUUACCUCUCCCGGUUAUCGCGAUUUGCAUACGAGCCACGAUGGUCCGCGCUACACAAUCAUUGUCCACGACCUGUACACGUCACCCUGUCACAUCCAACGUCCUCUAACUUUACAUCUAUCAUUACAGUCAUAUCUCACUACCGUUUGUCUCUCGGCCUAUGUCUCUUCUCUGUUACGCUACUUUGCUCAUUUUACAGUCUGUACAACAUCUCGUGUCGCAUAUGCAUCUCCUUCCUC